CCUCUCUUCUUCUCCCCUGCCCAGGUAAUCUCGGUCACGUGAGCAGGACUGGGCUGUUCAUGACGUCAUGUUCGCUCUGCCUCGUUCUGGUCAGCUGAUGCUUACGACGCAGAGGAUCCAGACAACUACAGCACUUCAAUUUCAACCGUUUAAACUCAACAUUCUCCCCUUAGUGCAUUGAGUAGAGAGCAGUGCAUUAUGGGGGAGUUGUUCCGCAGUGAGGAGAUGACCCUGGCCCAGCUCUUCCUCCAGUCUGAGUCCGCCUACUGCUGUGUCAGUGAGCUGGGUGAAAUUGGAAUGGUGCAGUUUAGAGAUUUGAACCCAGAUGUGAACGUUUUCCAGAGGAAGUUUGUGAAUGAAGUCCGUCGCUGUGAGGAGAUGGACCGCAAACUAAGAUUUGUUGAGAAGGAAAUCAAAAAGGCUAACAUACCUGUUGUAGACACAGGGGAGAACCCAGAGGUCCCUUUUCCACGAGACAUGAUUGACUUGGAGGCCACCUUUGAAAAGCUGGAGAAUGAGCUGAAGGAGAUCAACACCAACCAAGAAGCUCUGAAGAAGAACUUCCUGGAGCUGACUGAGCUCAAGCACAUCCUCAGACGAACACAGCAGUUCUUUGAUGAGAUUGAAAGGCCAUUCUCUGAAUUCCUGGCCACAUCUCAACCGCUGAUGAUGAUGUCAAACUGCCCUUCCCAAGACCAGUUCUGCAAGAUGGAAGAUCCUUCUCUUUUGGAAGAGUCGUCAAAUCUACUGGAUCCGAAAGAGGUCGGACGCGUCGCUCCUCUCAGGCUUGGGUUUGUUGCAGGGGUGAUAGGCAGGGAACGGAUUCCCACCUUCGAGAGGAUGCUGUGGAGAGUUUGCCGUGGAAACGUCUUCCUGCGGCAGGCAGACAUCGAGGACCCACUUGAGGACCCCGCCACAGGAGACCAUGUGCACAAGUCGGUGUUCAUCAUUUUCUUCCAGGGAGACCAGCUGAAGAACAGAGUCAAGAAGAUUUGUGAAGGGUUUCGGGCAUCUCUAUACCCCUGUCCCGAGACCCCACAAGAGAGGAGAGAAAUGGCAGCCGGAGUCAAUUCUCGAAUUGAUGAUCUCCAGAUGGUGUUGAAUCAGACGGAGGAUCACAGACAGCGUGUUUUACAGGCGGCUGCCAAGACUGUCCGAGUGUGGUUCAUCAAGGUCCGGAAGAUGAAAGCCAUUUAUCACACUUUGAACCUCUGCAACAUCGAUGUCACUCAGAAGUGUCUGAUCGCUGAGAUCUGGUGCCCUGUGUCAGAUCUAGACUCCAUUCAGUUUGCGCUCCGUCGGGGCACGGAGAAAAGUGGAUCCACUGUUCCCUCUAUCCUGAACAGAAUGCAGACCAAGCAGACCCCACCCACCUACAACAAAACCAACAAGUUCACCUCUGGCUUUCAGAACAUUGUCGAUGCCUACGGCAUCAGCAACUACCGGGAGAUCAACCCAGCUCCAUACACCAUCAUCACCUUCCCCUUCCUGUUUGCGGUCAUGUUUGGCGAUCUGGGUCACGGUGUACUCAUGACCUGUGCUGCACUUUAUCUGGUGCUGCGAGAGAGCCGAUUAAUUUCCCAGAAAAACGACAAUGAGGUAUCCAUCCACCCAUCCAUUUAUGCACCUAGGGCUGG